AUUCAAGUUCGCUCUGUAAAUCUAACGUCAACGGUGGCUGGAGCUUCAACAACGUUGGUUUUAGAGCGAAAUAACCAACCAAGCUUCUUCAUUUCGAAGAGCUUCAUUCAACUACCUCGACCCUAACUUAGUACCACCAAAUCCUGUUAUUAAGCCACCAUGGAUCCCCGAGAGUCUUCCUCCUACUCCAUUGUGCCGAGGAUUCGGUACAACACCAUCGGUGGUGUCAAUGGACCGCUAGUCAUUUUGGAUGAUGUUAAAUUCCCUCGUUACAAUGAGAUCGUUACUCUAACCCUUCCCGAUGGAACUGAGAGAUCAGGCCAAGUCCUCGAAGCUCGAGGCAACCGAGCCGUCGUACAGGUCUUCGAAGGCACGUCAGGUAUUGACGUCAAGAAGACGAGAGUCAAGUUCACCGGGCAAAGCUUGAAGCUGGGUGUGUCCGAGGACAUGUUGGGACGUAUUUUUGAUGGAUCUGGCAGAGCUAUCGACAAGGGCCCUAAGGUGUUGGCUGAGGAUUAUCUCGACAUCAAUGGCAGUCCUAUCAACCCCUACUCCCGAGUUUACCCCGAAGAAAUGAUAUCGACAGGUAUCUCGACUAUUGACACCAUGAACUCAAUUGCCCGAGGACAAAAGAUUCCCAUCUUCUCCGCGUCCGGUUUACCGCACAACGAAAUCGCUGCCCAGAUUUGCCGACAAGCUGGCUUGGUCCAAAAGAAGGGUGUCACAAACAAGGGUGUGCACGAUGAUCACGAGGAGAACUUCUCCAUUGUGUUUGCGGCUAUGGGUGUCAAUUUGGAAACUGCCCGAUUCUUUACCCGCGAUUUCGAAGAGAAUGGCAGUUUGGAGCGUGUCACGCUUUUCCUCAACCUUGCCAACGAUCCUACGAUCGAACGUAUUAUCACUCCACGUCUCGCUCUUACUACCGCCGAAUAUUACGCCUACCAACUCGAGAAGCACGUCCUGGUCAUCCUAACAGAUCUGUCCGCGUACUGUGAUGCCCUCCGAGAAGUUUCUGCCGCACGAGAAGAAGUGCCAGGUCGACGUGGUUUCCCUGGUUAUAUGUAUACUGAUUUGUCUACCAUCUACGAACGAGCCGGUCGUGUUGAAGGACGAAACGGUUCUAUUACUCAGAUCCCUAUUCUGACUAUGCCUAACGAUGAUAUCACACAUCCUAUUCCCGAUUUGACGGGCUACAUUACUGAGGGACAGAUUUUCGUCGAUCGUCAACUAUACAACCGUGGUAUAUACCCGCCAAUCAACGUGCUACCGUCUCUUUCUCGUCUCAUGAAGUCUGCCAUUGGUGAGGGUAUGACUCGAAAGGACCACGGUGACGUUUCCAACCAGCUUUACGCCAAAUACGCUAUUGGUCGUGACGCUGCAGCCAUGAAGGCUGUCGUUGGUGAAGAGGCCUUGUCAGCCGAAGAUAAGCUGUCACUGGAGUUCCUUGAGAAGUUUGAGAGACAGUUUGUCGCACAAGGUGCAUACGAACAGCGAAGUAUCUACGAUUCGCUCGAUAUCGCAUGGAGUCUCCUGCGUAUCUUCCCCAAGGAGCUGCUCAACCGUAUCCCGGCCAAGAUUAUCCAAGAGUUCUACCACCGAUCUGCCGCAGACCGAAAGGGCAAGGGCAAAGAGAGGAACGAUAAAGGCGUGAAGGACACGGACGGUGCGCCCCAGGAGGAGAACCUUGUGGACGUAUAGUCGGUAUAAGCCGUUGAGUGAGUAGGAUUGUGUGACAGAUGUGUAUAGGUUAGUCGCACAUGGCGGAGUACAGGUUACGUAUCAUCAUUCAAUACAGUAAUUGCUUCAUUGGCAAUGCUGAGUUUAACGAUAAUGGAAGAGUAUGUUUGUAUGAAACCAAGUUUGGUUAUCUUCGCUGUGCCUCGAAUGAGUGAAAUGUAAUGAUCUGUGUAAAACGUGUAUCACGGUUCAACGUAAGGUUAUAUAGUCUUUGCCGGUACCUGGUGGAUAGAAAGCAUUUAGAUUAUCAAGGUGUUUGAUCUUGAUGAAGUUUGCAUAAGUAUGUUUGUAGAUGCAUCUGACCGCAUGGUUCCGAGUCGACUUGACUCGGGGCUUGGAGAUGCUAGAACAGGGUUGGCUUAUAUUACGUAGAUAGUAUUGCUAAUUUGUUAUGACAUUGAGUGAGGA